UUUUAAUAAUUGAAAAAACCUUUUGAGUUCACAAAAGUAUAAAAUAGGGGCGUAAGAUGCUUUCAGGCAGUUUUCAGUUCAGAACAUCAGCUCAAAACAACGAGAUUUGAAACAAGAUUUCGAAUUCAAAUCAAUAAGUAUGCAAGAAUCUACAAGGCCGACAAACAAAAAAGUGAAACGUGGGGGGCAAUAUUGCGUUGCCGGAUUACCAAAUGGGGAGAGCUGUACAAACAGUAGUUUGACGCCAGGUAUUAGUAUGCACCGUUUUCCAAGUAAAAACCUCGAUUUGCGAAGGCAAUGGAUUCGUUUCGUCAGAAGACAUCGUGCCAAUUUCAAUCACCAAGCCUACUCGAUCGGCCCUUACCUGUGCUCAGAUCAUUUUGAGCGCUCUUGCUAUGAAAAACCGUUUGCUUUAGAGCUUCCUGGUUUUGACAGUUCCAAAACGAAGAGGACUUUAAAAAAGGAUGGUAUUCCAACUGUAUUCGACACACGAGGACGAAGCCAGGCAUUUAGUGAAUCGUCUUCAAAGGUGGCAAGAAACAGAAGAACUUUGUUAAGAGGAAUCAAACAGCACGAACACGCUAACAAAAAUGAAUGUGCUUCAGGACAGUUCGAUGAAGAGAUAGAAGAGGUUGAGGUAGGCGAAAAUGCGUUCACCAUCGGGGAACAGCACAACGAUUCUGAAGAACAUGUAGACGUUGUUCCAUUGCAGUGCCAAGUUCAUCUGACAGGUGCCCCCGUACACACAUGCCCCACAUGCAUAACCCCUCAACGAGAAGAGGUUCAAGGAAAUAUUAGAACACAUACGGCAAUACAGGUGGCAAUGAUGUGCAAGAAAUGCACUGAAACACGGAAAAAAAUUCAGAACCUAAGACGUCAGAACAACAGGCUAAAACAUGUUAUAAGGACACUACGGGAAGGCAGCGAAAAGAAUGAAGAUAGCGGUAACCCUAUUCCUGUUGAGGAUAUACUUCAUGCUGAAGAGUCAAAUGAAAAUUUAUCAGAAGACGAGGACAGCGAAUGGAAAGUUGAUGAAGCAGACAGUUCUCCUAGUGACAUGUCAGAUAGUGAUGGGACUGAUUUUGAUGAUUAUGAUUAUGAUGAUACACAUAAAAAGAGGCAACAAGUGAGAAUUGACCAAAAUGCAACUCCAGAAAAAGAACCCAAGUUUAUUGUAUUUUAUACAAUGCUACUACAAGUCUUUUCAAUCCUCUGUUUCAAGUGUAAAAAAACUAAGCCAGGAGUCAGAAUGGAGCAGAAUGGGACAAUGGUAACUGUUUAUCAGAGUUGCAUCGAAUGUGGGAAAGACUGUUGGAAAUGGAGGUCACAACCAUACGUUCUUGGUCGUUAUCCAGCUGGUAACAUCUUGCUUAGUCUCGGCACUCUUACAGCUGGAGCAUCAAUCAGCAAACUGCUAUUAAUUUUCAGACACUUCGGCCUUGCCACUUACAGUGCACAUACUUUUUUCCGUCAUCAAAAAAAGUUUGUUUUCCCUGCAAUUCUCCGUCACUGGGAGCUAUAUAGAGCAUCAUUGCUGACUGAGCUUCAUGGUGUUAAAGACAUUGUCCUAUGUGGCGAUGGUCGAUUCGAUUCGAUGGGGCAUUCAGCAAAAUAUGGCACUUACACGAUGUAUUGUGACAAUAUAAAAAAAAUCAUACACUUUGAAUUGGUUCAGUCAAAUGAAUGCAAAGGUAGUUCCAAUAUGGAGUUGCUUGGUGCUAAGCGAUGUUUCGGAUACCUAAAUGAUGCCGGGAUAGAGGUCUCCAAUUUUAUAUCAGACAGACACAGAGGAGUGGCCAAAUGGAUAAGGGAGUCUUUACCACAUGUCCAUCAUUAUUAUGAUAUUUGGCAUGUUGCACGCACCUUAACCAAGAAGGUAACAAUAGCUAGCAAGGAGAGAAAUUGUGAGAUAUUGGGUACAUGGUGUUCAACAAUCCGCAACCACCUCUACUGGUGUGCAACAUCGACAAAGGAAGGUUUUGGGAAACUCAUUGUCGCAAAAUGGAAGGCUUUCUCAAAUCACAUCCAGAACAAGCACAACAACCACGAAGACAAACUGUUUCAGAGGUGUGCACACGGAGAACUAGAUCAUAAACGUAGAUGGAUUCUCAAUGGAACUACUGCAUAUGACAAGAUUCAGCCAAUUCUAAUGAAUCAAAGCCUUCUACAAGACAUUGCGAAAUUGUCAUCAAAUGCACAAACCAGCUGUCUCGAGGGAUACCACUCUACACUGAACCAAUGGCACCCAAAGAUGACACAUUACUCCUGGAUUGGCUCUCUGUGCAGGCAUAUAAUGGCAGUUUCACAUUUCAACGAAAACCUGCACAGGGAAGCACAAAAAGACAAAAAUGGAAAGGAAUAUUUCAAAGUUUCUUAUCCUAAAUAUAAACUUGGCGAAGAAGCAGUAAAACCUGUUCCAGUCCCUCCAUCUUACAAUUACGUUGAGCAUACAAAAGAACUUUUAUUUAAAUCAAACGAAGAAGAACUUGGCCAGAUUUGGAAAAAGUAUGCUGAUAAGAUGCCUGCAUCCUUGGUGAGCAGAUUUGAAAGAACAAAAAGUAAGAAAGAGGCUGUAAAAGAAUAUAAAAAAAGGAGAACACUAUUUCAACCAUUAUACCCUUCAGAAAAUGAUCAAUACAAACUCCAAGAAGAUUUGGUAGCUGAGCAAGCAUGCAACAGAGCUGAUCGUUUGCCAAAAAGAAAGGCCCCUUCAUGCAAAAAAUGUGGCCAAUUGAUGAAAGGACAUGCUAAGACUUUAUGCAAAGAAUGACUUAAAGAAUUAUAUACACUUGCAUGAAAUUAAAUAUAACAAAAGCUAAUUGUAUAAAGAUAAUCUAUGUUAUUAGUUACGUUCUUCUGCAUUUUUAUAUCCAAUCUUCUGGUUAGACAUAAACUUUUCACGGACGUUAUGAUAAAUGCAUGCAGGCAGAGGCCGUGUAUUGUCCCAUCCCAUGUAUCCAAAUAUCCAGCGUGCUAACCAGCGAUAAGAAACUGCACGAAGAUACCUGAUACAGAAAAAAAAUACCAAUAUAUAAUAUAUAUAUGUGUAUAUAUAAAUAUCAUAUAUAAAUUUAUAUACUAUAUUUAGAUAUGUAUAUAUAUAUUCAGAUAUUUAGAUAUAUAUAUAUAUAUUCAGUAAAUGAACUUCAAAUUAGAGAUGUCUACAGUAAAUUAACAUAGAACUCACAUAGAUAUUUAAAUAGGCUGAUGAUUCCUCGUUAAAAGGACGAAACGCGUUCCAGAAAAAUAAUAAAUUGUCUUUUGCCAUGGUCUUUCUAAAACAUUUUUCUUUAUAACGCUUCUGCUUUUUGUGAAACAAAAGUUUAGUUAUUAUAUAUAUAUAUUUAUGCAAUAUAUGUAGUAUCAGUAUAAAAUGUUAGAUUAUUAGUAUAAAUUAGCAUACUAGUAUAUACUAUAUUAUAUAUGUACACAUACUUCUUUCACUAAAAGAGAUCAAUUAUGAAUCAACAAAAAGAAUCAAAUUUGAUGUCUAUCUAUUUCAGCCUAAACUUGACAAUAAAACUUUGUACAUACUCAUUUUCUGUUACAUUUGCCCUUUUCUUGUAGGGCUUUCCAUCCUUUUUCCGAAGCAAUGGACCAACGUUUCUAAGGACAUUUAUAUUUGUAAAAGCCCUGUAGUCUUCAUGAAGGGUCACACACUUUAUUUCAUCGGAUUGGCCGUUAAAAACGACUUUUCCAUAAGCAGGUGCCACUUCAUGGCAGCAACGGUACUCUCUGGCACUUUCCAAGUUCGCUGCUGAGCAUUUGCCGCACACACACACCUAAAAAAGAGCUGCAGUUGUAUCGUUGUACCGACAUGAAAGGUUGGAUAAUUUGAACUAUUUAAAAAACAGCGAAAACAAAAACCACUCACCAUUGAUCUACAGUUAGGUUCCCCGUCUGUCUUUCGCGAAAAGUUUCCGGAGAUAUCCCAUCUUCAUCCUCCGGUUGUUCUCCGUCAUUAGGCCUAGGCCCAUCAUCGCCUUCGUCGUCCGUACUAGCCAAAGGCUCGUUUAAGUAGGGCAGAUAAUCUCCGCCAUAAGCUCCAUAUAGUUCUUCAUCACUUGCAGAAUGAUUCGAUGUCAUAGAAGAGCCUGAUUCGCUUGUAGACAUAAUUAUAAAUUGUGCCUUCACGUUAAUCGAUACACCGUACUUGCUUUCAAACCUUUACCCUCGAGAAUAUGUCCAACACCUGACGUCACGUCCGGGCGUACGUCCUCAAAACCCGACCCAGUCCUCUGGGACAUGAAUUUCACAAAAUUUCAUGGCUAAAUCCCUUAAUUUCAGAAAAUCUAUAACGAAUUAGCAUUUUUCGAUUUAAUUUUUGAAAUCAGCAUCAAGGAUUUGAUCUAUAAUAGAAUUUUGCAUUUUCGUGUCAUAUCCUCUUUAAGAGCAACUCAAACUCGG